GGUGUAACGCCUCCUCAACUCCUGACCUCUGACCCCGCGUCACUGCUCUUGGCGGCUGGAUCUGUCUCUAGUGGCAACCGAGGAGUUGAUUCAGCAACAAGAGGGGAGGCUGGACGGAGUCUCUGGAUGGGAAUUAGCAUCUCUGACAGCUUCUCUCUGAGGGUAUCAAUCUUUGAAACAUGGACGGUGUAGGCAGAUCUAAUGACGUUCAGGCCCAGCUGGAUUCGGUGGAGGAGGAGCUGGAGCUGGUGGAGCUGCAGAUCUCGGAGCUCCUAGAGAAACAGACGGAGCUGACGGCUCAGAAGAACUCUCUGCUGCAGCAGCUGGAGAACGCCUUUGACGCUGCUGAGCCUUCAUCCUCAUCUUCCUCAAAGCCAGCGAAGGCCAAUGCACUGAUGAGCAAGCAGGAGUUACAGCGCUACGAUGGAGCAGAUUUCCCGUGGUCUAAAGAAGUGGAGCAGCACCUGAAGGACUCGUUCCAGCUCUCCAAGUUCAGACCGCUGCAGCUGAGGGCCAUCAACCUGAGCCUGUCCGGCAGAGAUCUAUUCUUAGUGAUGCCCACAGGACGAGGGAAGAGCCUCUGCUACCAGCUGCCUGCCAUCUACUCGAAGGGUUUCACCCUGGUCGUCACUCCCCUGGUGUCUCUGAUGGAGGACCAGAUCAUGCACCUGAAGUCCAUCAAUGUGUCUGCAGCAACGCUGAACGCAUCCAGCAGCAAGGAGCAUGUUAAGACCAUCAUGGCCGGGAUGACAGACCCUAAGUCCCCGGUCAAACUUGUGUACGUGACUCCAGAGAAGAUCGCCAAAAGCAAGCUACUGAUGUCUCGUCUGGAGAAAUCGUACAACGCCAACCUACUGAGUCGCAUCGCCGUGGACGAGGUUCACUGCUGCAGCCAGUGGGGGCACGACUUCAGACCAGAUUAUAAGCUGCUCGGCAUCCUGAAGAGACAGUUUCCCAAAGUCCCGCUGCUCGGCCUCACCGCCACGGCGACCAGCAGCGUCCUCAAGGACUGUGAGAAGAUCCUGUGUGUGCAGCAGCCAAUCACCAUCACUGCAUCCUUCAACCGAGCCAACCUUUACUAUGAGGUUCGAGUUAAAAACUCCAACAGUGAUAUAUUGAUUGGUGACAUCGCCUCACUGAUCAAGAGCAGAUACAAGGACCAAUCAGGGAUCGUGUACGUGUUCUCUCAGAAGGAUGCAGAGUCUGUGUCAUCCGAGCUGCAGAACAGAGACAUCAUGGCGUAUCCGUACCACGCUCACAUGGAGCCUGAGGACAAGUCCCGCGUGCACAGCAAGUGGACCUCCAACAAGAUCCAGGUGGUGGUAGCCACUGUGGCGUUCGGUAUGGGCAUAGACAAGCCUGACGUCAGGUUCGUCAUCCACCACACCAUCAGCAAGUCCAUCGAGAACUACUAUCAGGAGAGCGGACGAGCAGGUCGAGACGACCGUCCGGCCGACUGCAUCGUCUACUUUGGUUUCUCUGACAUCUUCAGGAUCAGCACCAUGGUGGUGAUGGAGAACGUUGGCCAGCAGAAGCUGCUGCAGAUGGUCAACUACUGUCAGAACAUAGACCGGUGUCGGCGCUCUCUCAUGGCGGUGCAUUUCGACGAGGUUUGGGACGAUGAAGGAUGCAAUCAGAUGUGUGAUACCUGCCGCCAUGCCAAAGACUCCAGCACCGUGGACAUUACCCAGUAUGCCCGGCAGGUGGUGCAGAUCGUGGAGCUGGCGACGUCGAUGGACGAGAAGCUGACUCCUCUGAAGGUGGUGGAGGCAUGGAUGGGGAAGGGUCCGGCCAAACGUAGGAAGAUGAUCCAGACCACGUCCCUGUCCCGUCUGCAUGCCGAAGCUGUGGUGGUGAGGCUGCUGCUGCAGGGUUACCUGAGGGAGGAUUUCAGCUUCACUCCGUACACGACAUACUUCUACCUGAAGCUCGGUCGCAAAGCUCCUCUGCUGAAGAGUCCGACUCACACGGUCAGCAUGAAGAUGAGACCGAUGUGGACUGAAGCUGCUGCCGUGUCUGAACCCUCUCAGGUAAAGUCUGUUGUUAAUGACCUGCAGGUAAAAGCUGAGCAAUGCAAGGGAAAAGCCAAAGAGGGAAAGAGAUCAGUUCAGAGCGCUGGAGACACCCCCAAGUCCAAGAAAGUCAAGACAGAGCUCCCCUAACCCCCCGAGCAGAGGACGAGCUGACGAAGAACCCGCUGCCGAGCCAAACGAAGAGACCUUAGACCCCGUUAACCUGGACGACAGCUGCUCCCCACAACCCAAACAGAAACUAUUCAAAGACCAGAGGAACUUCUGCAGGAGAGGAGACUUAAAACCCGGCUCACAGGCGGACAAAAGGACGGAGAGAGUGAAAAAUCAGCUGGGGGACGGAUGUGAAGAGGAAGAGGAGAAUGAGGGGAGAUGCACUGAGCUUCAACACGUCGUUGAGGUUGAGAUUAACAUUAUAGAAAACUGUGAUGGUUCAAAGACGCCAUCAAAACCAGUUAGCUCCAAACGUAAAUCCACCACCCCUCAGAGAGCACGUAGGAAAGCCCGUACAGACACAGCAGCAGAAGCAGGAGGCGACUCCGCCCCCAACACGGUGCCCAGCUCUCCGUCUCAAGCCUCUUUCAUUUCUGAGAGUGCAGCCGAGGAGCUCUGCCACCUCAGGAACUACUACAGCAAACAGCUCAGGAGGAUCAACUACAUCUCCCAUGAGUACCUGGGGCAGCCCGCCGAGACCGGAGUGCUGGCGUGCAUUAGGGAGCCUCUGAGGAGCCUGCGUCUGCCUCGCAGGGUGACGAUCGCUCAGACGGCUCGCAGCCUAUGGACGCGAGUCAGUGGCCGGAGGAAGCUGAUUCAGAGAUGAUGUCAUUGAGUUUGUUUGUACAGGUGUGUUUGUGAGGAGAUGUUUACACCUGAUGUUCGACUGUAAACACAAACGUUUGACCUGCUGUCUGACUUGAAAGACUCCUGGAGUUCAUCCAGCACCUCACAGCUCUGAGUUUGGAACUAUUAGACACUGAAAAGGGGAUUUUUCUAUAAAACAAACAAACACGAGGCAUCAAAUGUCUGACACAUCUUCAAAAACAAACAGCUGGUCUUGAUUUAAAGGUGCACGUCUCUUUGUUUGGAGCCGAGUCUUGAGUAGAGCUUAAGAUUUAUAUUAUUUCAUCAUGUGUGGAAAAGAAAAGAGGAUUUUUUUUACGAUGAUUAAUUUCAGUUUGUUUCUCUGGUGGAUAUUCAAUCCCAGUUUUUUAUGUUAUUUUUUUACUGCACAGUGACAACAAGCCUUAAUGUUCAGCAAAAUAUCACUUAAUAAAUAAUAAAUUAGGAUUGUUUCUUGUUCUCUUUGAUGAGAAGGAUGAGCGCCCAGGGAAGAAACCUGCCCUGUGGCGCCCUCUACUGAUAAGUUACCUGCCCUACCUCAUGGCUCCUCAUGUCCUGAGGGAAGCUGUACAUCACUGGGGUUAUGAAGCCUCUGCCUGUCUCGUACUUUAACUCUGCCUGUCCCAUUAAAGUCACUAACCAUAGACCUUU